AUGUCGAGCCAUCUUGCGCCAUCGACGAAUGGCAAGUCCUCCGCCAUGUCCACGAGUUCGUCGCAUUCACAAGCGCCAUCAAGCUCAAGCCAGUUGCAUUCACAUUCGCACCACCAUCACGCUCAACACGCCAUCCCAACCGCGGCACUCGUAGAGCCACCUGCGCUAUUCGCUAGCGUCGCACCGCAGAUCUAUCGCUCAGCCACACCGGCUGCCGCCAACCACUCGUUCGUACGCACACUCAAGCUGCGUACCAUCCUCUCGCUCACGGCCGAACUGCCCUCGCCCAGUCUCACCGCCUUCUGCAAGAAACACAGCAUCCGCCUACUCCACUUUGGUCUGCGUCGAUGGGGAUCCCAAGACAUCUCUCGCGAGAAUCAUCCUCCUGCCAAUGUUGAUGAAGAAUCAGGGCUGGAUUUGUCGUUCUUACACUCGUUCAAGGCACCAUCGGCCCCAAGUCUCGCACAGUACGAAACUGCCUCGCCCACAAUCACGGAAGAGCUGGUCAAAGACUCGCUCCAAAUCCUCCUCACUGCAAGCUAUCAUCCGAUCCUGGUAACCGACACUUCAGGAAUCCACGAGAUUGGCGUCCUGCUGGGAUGCCUGCGGAAGCUCCAGAGAUGGAACUUCGCCACGAUCUUGCUCGAGUACCGCCACUUUGCAGGCAACAGGGCGAGAGCUACAAACGAACGCUUCGUGGAAAUGUUCGAUACAGACCUCAUCACUUUUCCGGACCAAGACCAGCUGCCGUACUGGUUCAGAGAGCAGAUCCAAGCCGACGACGACGAGCUCGAACGCAUCGACCCGUGUUUUUAG